AAUCUGUAUCAUUGAUUACUGAGCAAGUCAAAACUCAAAAAGCAGUUAUGAAAUCACACAGUAGUGAAAUAAGCAAAAUAACUAAAGAAAAAGAGUCUAUGAUGAAACAAAUAUCUCAAGCUGAACUGCAAAUGCAACAGCUGGAACAUGACAUUAAAAAUUGUGGUGAUAAAGCUGUGGAUGCCCAACAGAAGCUUAAACAUCUCUUGGAAAAACAUAAGUGGAUUGAAGGACAGAAGAAAUAUUUUGGUGUCCCGAAUUCAGAAUUUGACUUUCAGAAUUUUGAUUUGAGAGGGCUGAGUGAACGACUGAAAAAACUGGAACAAACAAAAGAAAAAUUACACAAGUGUGUCAAUAUGCGAGCACAGAACAUGUUAUCAUCUGUUGAAGAACAAUUUGAAAAUCUUAUGAAGAAAAAAGAAGUUGUGUUACAAGACAAGAAAGUAAUUGAAGAUUUCAUCAGAGAACUUGAUGAGCGGAAAAGAGUUUCGCUUCGAGAUGCUUGUGAACAAGUCAACAAGGUAAGGUCACUUAUAUUUUUAUUUUAAAAGUAGAAG